AUGAAGUGCACCCGCCAUACAACUUUGACUUUCGCAAACAGAGAAGCGGAUGAACCGGAGCCCAGCGGGGUUCUCACUCCUGGAGCCAGUACCCAAAAUUGUCUGGCUGAAACAACCCCCAAUCCUGAUAAUGCACCAUUCCAGCUCUCGUCACGCGAAGCCUCUGGGUGUCGCUCAAUCAGAAGGCGCUCGAGUUCACCUGCUGAAGUGAUAGGUGACAUCUCGGAAACUUGCCAUACAGAGGACCCGGUGGACAGAAAGGUCACAGGAAGGGGCCCAGACCCGGAUUCCAAAGGCGUUGGCCACUUAGCGGGCAAUGACACCGUCUCGCGAUCUACGCAGACUGAUGUAGAUCUGGAGUGGACCAAUGAGCGCUAUGGCAAUGAAGGCAUACUCAGUAGCAUGGAAAGACAAGAAAAUCUUGCCCCAGGCCAACCUGCUGAACGACGAUGGCAGGAUCCUUUCAUCACGACAAUGUUCGCAGAGCCCGGUGCUCCGGUAUAUGAGUAUGACCCCUCGAACCAGCUCGACAGAGGGAUACACAGACGAGUCAGCCAACCAGUGGGCAGGGGAAGGGUAGCCCGUAAUCAACGCGGGGUGAAAAAGCUCGGACAACUCCCUCAUCCAACAUUGGUGGAUGCCGCUACUUUCCAGGAAUAUGUUCUUCAGUUGAUCGCGGAGCUCGAUCAUGCACCGUGA